CCUAGUUGUCCUUCCAUUACAAUUUGGACAUUGUAAAACUGGCUCAAAUCCUUAUUCUUGCACAUUGUUUCCUGCGUCUUUCACAUCAACUUUGAGGAAAAUGUAAACAUGCUGUAUGUCUUAUCCACAAACAGGUGCAGUGAUGACGCGCUAAUUAGUGUUAUUCACUUCACGAAAGGAAACCUAAAACAACAGAUGAUAUUACAAAACUGAUUGCAAAGCGACGGGGAAGAGAGAAGGAGGUAGAAACACAGAGAGAGGGAGCAAGCGGGGAGAGCGUGGGGGAGACUGUGCUAAGUGGACAGACUUCACGGAGUGCUCGCAUGAACCUCGGCAUCAUUUCUCUCCACACUGGACCCAUUUCAGCUGCGUUAAACCACAGGAAAACCGCCACGGAACACACGGUGAUCCCAGGCAGCAUGUGCACCGCAUGGACAUCUGUGAGAAAAAUAUUCCAGAUGGACGUCCAUUCUGAGGAGAGGCAAGGAGAGAAGUCCGAGAGAAGCAACUGUAGUGAACUACCAUGAUUUAUGAACACCUAUCGAUGGCGGCACACGUUGUGCUUCUUUUCCUUUUCUUUUGUCAGGGGGAAGGGAUCGGCAUUUCAGAGGCCACUGGCCUUUCAGACGGAGAUGAGGACUUGCGAGUGAUAUCAAGCAAAAAGCUACAAGUGUUACCUCAUCUAGAGUCAACAGAUGUCCUGUUUGAGCAAAUCAAAGAACUAGGAAGGCAUAGUCAGGAUGCAGAGGCUGACGUAACACCACUGCUAACCCUGGCUUUUCAGCGAAGUGGCAACAACUCAGCCAAGAAAAGGAAAAUGCUCAACCACCCUCAACUUAGAACUGAAAUCACUGUGAAUGGUAACAAAAUGAGCAGUUUGACUAAUGGGGAGGAUGGAGGUGUAAUUGAUGGUCUCACUCUCGUACAAUAUUCAGAGGAAGAGACGUACUCUGACAAGAGAAUCACUGAGGUUCAGCCUGGAAGGACUCGGGGUGACUCUGAAAGGGUCAAAGAGUCUGAAGGUAGUCACUCACUCCGGAUCCAUCGUCACCGCAGGAGCUGGCUCUGGAACCAGUUCUUUGUGAUCGAGGAGUACAGAGGGCCUGAGCCCGUGCUCAUUGGGCGGCUGCACACAGAUAUGGACAGAGGGGACGGGCACACCAAAUACAUGCUGGAGGGGGAGGGAGUCGGCUCUGUAUUUGUCAUUGACGGCAACACAGGGAACAUCCACGUCACCAAGUCCCUGGACCGAGAGGAGAAAGAUGAGUACCAUCUCAAAGCGACUGCCAUUGACCAGGAGACCGGCCUAGCCCUGGAGCCUUCCUCGGAGUUCAUCAUCAGAGUGCAGGACAUCAAUGAUAACCCGCCCGUCUUCCCCAGUGAACCCUACAUUGCUAUGGUGCCGGAGAUGGCAAACAUAGGCACAUCCAUAACCCAAGUCACAGCUAUAGAUGCUGAUGAUCCGACAUAUGGAAACAGUGCCCGGCUGGUCUAUGGGAUAUUACAGGGCCAGGACCUUUUCUCUGUGGACCCUCAGACGGGCAUUCUGCGAACUGCAGUACCUGAUAUGGACAGAGAGACACAGGAUGAAUAUCUGGUGGUCCUCCAGGCAAAAGACAUGGGCGGGCAUCUGGGUGGGUUGACGGGUACCACAACCGUCACUGUGAAGCUGAGCGAUGUAAACGACAACCCACCUCACUUCAGGCGCAGUGCAUGGUCGUUCUCUGUGUCGGAGCUAGCUGCACCAGGUGUAGAGGUGGGCCGUCUGACUGCCACCGAUCCUGACCUGGGAGAAAAUGCACAGCUGGAGUUUACCAUCCUGGAUGCAGAGGAGGCAGAUAUUUUCAAUGUCACUAGGAGAGCCAAAGAGGCCGUCAUUAUCCUGAACAAGCUUCUGGAUUAUGAGAGACGCAAUUCUUAUACUUUUUCCGUGGAAGUAGUGAACCCUAUCGUUGACCCUCGAUUUAUACGGAAAGGACCCUUUAAGGACCAAGCAACAGUCCGGGUGAUGAUCCUCAAUGCUGACGAGCCACCUCGAUUCUCCCAGGCAGUGUACCAUCUGGAUGUGUCUGAGAACUGCCCUCCCAUCUGUGCCGUCGGUCGGGUCUACGCUGUGGACCCAGACACGGGACAAAGCGCCAACAUCAGGUACUCCAUCGAUCCCCAGUCGGACCCCGAGGCUUUUUUCCGGAUCGCCUCUGACACAGGUUUUAUCAGCGCAGUGAUGGAGUUGGACCGUGAGCAGGAGCAGUGGCAUAAUAUCUCAGUCAUUGCCACACAGAGGGACAGCCCAAAUCUUGUGUCAAGAGCUGUGGUUGCCAUAGAGACACUAGACCAGAAUGACAAUGCGCCGGAGUUGGACAGGCAGUACGCAACAUCAGUAUGUGACUCCAGUGCCCCCGGUCAGGUAGUUCAGGUUCUAAGAGCAGUUGACAGGGAUCAGGGAGGACUGGACACCCCGGUGCACUUCAGUAUUCCUCCUGAAUCCAGCUCGGCUCUCAACCUCACCAUCAGAGAAUCUGGAGGUGUGACAGCCAGCCUGGUGCUGCAGUCAGCCUUGGAGCCCCUCCCUGGCUUCUCUUCAUCUCUGCUCACCCUCUACGUGCCAGUUGUGCUGCGUGACGGGGCCUCGGGUUUGACCAACACUGGCACGGUCACCGUGACCAUUUGUCCGUGUCUGCAAGGAGGCAUGCAGACAGAGAACAGGGGCAGACAGAGGGACCGGAGAUGGGAGAGGCACGUGGUUUGUCUGCCCGCGCCGUCUACCUCGCCGUCUCUCAUCUUCAGUAUGGUCACAUUACUCGCCAUGCUGGCCUGUGUCACCACUCUGCUGGUGGUGUGUGCUCUCUCGCUGUCAUUGCGCCGUCAGAAGCGAGACUCCCACUCACCCUUUGAGGAGGAUGAUGUCAGGGAAAACAUCAUAUCCUAUGAUGACGAGGGGGGAGGGGAGGCAGACACUGCAGCCUUUGACAUUACUGCGCUGCAGAGCAUGCACAGAAUACAGCACAUGCACAACAACGGGAACAUAUGGUACACCCAGCAGAAUCUGCCCAGAGCCAGGACGUGCAGCUGGAGCCGUCAUCCGCGCCCCAUUCUGGGCCCUCAGCAACGACCGGGCUCCGCUCCAGUCUAUGGACGCCUCUGCUACGGCAUCCACACGCUGCCUGUUCUCAGAGAUUAUGCGGUUGGGCCGCUGGAGGCGGGCCUUCAACUAAGUCAGCUGACCCAGGGGGUGACAGGAGGUCAUGCUGGCAAUCCCCUUCUCAUCCCAAACCAGAGCACCUUUGAGCCUCUGCUGCGCUCUCCCAAGAUGAGCCUCGGUGGUUUCGAAGCAGAGCAUAUGCUGGCGAAGAGCACAAUCUCAGACAGAAAUGAAAGCAGUGAGGCGAACGAAGCUGGCGCCAAAGGGAAUGAGGAACAGGCCAAGUUAAGGCCAACAGAAACAGAGUCGCCAGCAGCAAAUAUCACAGCAGAUCUGACCUACGAGUCCUCAUGCCACAGUCAUACCAGCUUCUCAUCAAACCAGCAAGAGGGCCGACCAGGAUCAUCCCAGACUCAGAUCAGCACUGGAGCCACCAGCACCACCAUGGAUGACAUUGAUACUGAUUCCUCCAUUCCUUCCAUUUCUGAGCAAAACUAUUCAACCAGCAGCCAGAUCAGCAACGUAAACUCCCCUGCCUACCUUAAAGGAGACACAUACAGCAUUGUGGGCUCGCUGAACCCAGGCAGGAUGGGGGUGUGCAUUAAUGGGACUAGUGGCAACGGGUUGCAACUGCUGAAUAUGGGAACACUGAAAGGGAAAGACACGACCCUGCAGACUCUGACCUCGCCGGGGGGGUUAUAUGGCAACAACAAAGCCUCUACUUCUGAAGCCCUGAACCCACAACCCCUCCGGAUGGAAGAGCUCCUCAAUAUCCGUCUGGACCGGGUCACCUCUGAUCUGUCACAGCCGCCCUACGACUCGCUGCAGACUUAUGAGUUUGAGGGCCGCGACUCCAGGGCGGAGUCGCUGAGUUCGCUGGAGAGCGAAGAAGAGAAGGAAAACCAGGUGUCAGCGGGAGGGAUGGAUGAGCUAAAUCAGAAGUUUCAGAGGCUGGUGGAGAUCAUUCGAGAAAGGCAGAAGGAGAAGAAGAAAGAGGCACAAGAGGGUGGUGAGACUGCUCACAGUGAGGCUCAAAGACAAAGUGAGAACAAAGAAAAACAACAGCAGAGAUGGGAUUUCUAGAACCCAAAACAAGAUGAGUAUGAGAGAGGAGGAAAGUUUUGGAUAAUUAUGGAUUUUAAACACAAGGGGGGUGACAAAAAAACUCUGCCUCUGACACAAAUAAGCUUUUAUUUGAUCCCUGCUGUAAAGAAUUAAGGCAACUGGUAGUAAACUCUGUGCAGCAAUCAGUGUGUAGUUUUCACUUUCACUGGGUUUAAAAAUGAGAACCUUUCACUUUCACACUAACCAUUAAGACACAUGGGGCUUUUAAAGUUUAAGUUAUGAUUCUUUUAAUAUAAAAUACUCCAAAAAGUGCAUUGUUAGAAAAUAGAAACCUUCAGAUAGUGAAUAGUGAUUUCAGUCAAUAUCUGAUGUUUUUGGGCAUUUAGAUCUUUAGGGAUGCAGUAGGAUAUAAACUGGAGAUUGAAAUUUUAGUAAACUGAUCAGUGCCUUGCAAAAAUAUUCAUAUCCUAUAAACCGCUGUCUAUUUUGUCCUCAAACUUGAAGGUGUUUUAUUGAAAUUUUAUGUGAUAGACCAACAAAAAGUAGUCCAGGAGUAAAGUGAUGCAAGGUUUUGAAAGCUUUUUACAAAUAAAAUCUGAAAUGUUCGGCAUGUAUUUACGGUCAUACCAAUCCGAUCCACACCUAAUUAGUGAAUAGGGUUCAAAUGUGUAAUUUAAUCUCAGUAUGAGUCAAGCUCUUCUGUGAAGGCCUCAGAGGUUUGUUAGAGAACAUAAGUGACCAAAUAGGAUCAUGAAGACCAAGAAACGCAGCAGAUAAGUCAGAGAGAAAUUUGUGAAAAAUACAGCGGGAUUAGGUAAUAAAACAAACUUUGAAUAUGUCACAGAGCUCUGUUCAAUCCAUAAAUGGAAAAUGGAAAGAGCAUGGUUCAACUGCAAACCUACCAAGACAUGGCUGUCCACCUAAAGUAAGAAGUACAGUAUUAAUCAAAGAAGUAAAGAGGCCCAUGGUAACUGUUGUGGAAUUUUCUUAUCAAAGUGGGUAGAAGUUGACUCACAAGAAGAGAAAAUCAGGACUUUAUCUUUAUAAGUUUUAUUCAAAGGCAUUAAGCGUUUGAAGACCCUGACACUGAAGUUAGUCAGUGAAACAGAGCCCCGAUCAACAUUUACACACAGUAUUUAUACCAAACAUAACAGUGUUAUCUGAACUUCAGAGUCUGUGUUUUAUGGCCCAGACCCUUCUUGAGUUCAAAGGUGACAAGGUUAUCUAGGAACAGACCUAACUGCCCUUCCUGACAUCACCCUAAAAGAUGGGUCUUAACCAUUAAACUUCUGAUAAUGCCUUUUACAGCUUCCUCCUCUAACACAGAUAUUCUGAGGAGUGAGGUAACCUAAAGGUCAUACACUUUGGAACACUUACUGCAAGAAUUUCCAUCACACUCCCCCCUUGUGAUUACAAGACAAUCAUAUAAAAGAAUUCUAGCAAACCAUCACCCAGAAAAA